GUUUUGUAGGAGGCGAGAAGGUGGUAGGGGUUGUCGUUAUUUGUUUAUAGUGUUGUGUUGCGAGUGUAGUUUGUUGACAUGGGGUGGGGUAUUACUUCUGGGAAGGGGGAUGGGUGAAGAGUACGUUGAGAGUACACUUCAGAUCGAUGUAAAGCGUAGUUCUCGUAAAGGAGCUGUCGAGCUGGCUUGCUACGUUCACCGGGCAGACAUUCCGAGCUCCAUCACGGAUUGACAGGCUGUGUGUUUGUGGGAUGUACUUCAAGUUGACGUGCUUCGGUCGUGUUAUAACUAUGGUGCACCGAAUUCACUUCGUAAAUCGUGUCGUAUAAACAUGUCAUCUUCACUAAUGAGGUCCGAGUGCAGGAAAUUUUCACCCAAUAUCUUCAAUAAAAGUAAAUGCACCAAUUGUUUCAAGCAGAAGGAAGAGCACAGUGCGGAGGCACUAGAAAGCAACAGGGCGACUCGCAAGGUGGCGAAAUGCGGCUACCUGUUCGUGGCCCCGGGGUGGGACUUCUCCAACCCGCUCAACCGCACCAAGAGAUGGCAGCGGCGGUGGUUCGUCCUGUACGACGACGGCGAGCUCAGCUACUCCGUGGACGAACACCCCGACACGGUGCCGCAGGCCAGCAUCGACAUGAACAAGGUGCUGGAGGUGACGGACGCCGAGGAGGUGACGGGCAACGCCUUCAGCCUGGCCGUCACGGCGCCCGACCGCGUGCACUUCGUGAAGGGCACGUGCCGCGAGGAGUGCCGCUGGUGGGCCGACGUGCUGUCCGUCUUCCCCAGGAGCAAGGGCCGCCACAAGCGCAACGCUACGUUCCCUGGCGGCCAGACCACGAGCAUCCUGCAGCAGUCGCCCGCCAUUAGAGCGUGCACGCCCAGCGACUCCCGCCCGAGGUUCAACAGCUGCCACACGGACCCCGCGGCGCUCCGCCAGCCGCCCACCCAGCCCUGGCUGCCCGUCGAGGCGGACGCCUUCCCCACCCGGGACGUGCCGCCCUCCCCCCCGCAGGAGGCCAGGCCCGAGCCGGCGGCCCCCGCCGUCGACACCUCCGCAGUGUACCGCGACCAGCCGGCAUCGUCUGCAUCCCCGCCCACUCGAGACAAAGUCCAGACGGAAGAGAAGAUCCGCACGAGGCGGGUGCUGAACAGGGAGAAGAGGGGCGUGAAGUCGGCACGCAGCUACUCCGAGGACUUCUCUGGCAUGCUGCCCACCUGGAAGGACACCAGCACGGCUACUGAAACACAAGAUAAGAACGAUGUAUCGAGAAGGAUUUUGUUUGAUGACUAUGAAAAUGAGAGCAAGCGCGAUGAGAAGCUGAAAGACAUUGCAGACUCGAUAACACGCCCGCGUUACCGCCGCAACAACCAGUCGCACAUCACGGUGUACCACUCGAGUGUUUCCGACAGGGUGAAGCCCACGAGGGAUGGAGAGUACAGCGAAGAGGAACAGAAGAAAGUGUACACUCGGUCGGGUAGCCCAGUCAUCAGGGAGGUGGAUCACACUGAUGGGUGUACCGACAAGCUGGUACGGGGAGAUCCAGAUGGUUGUGGUUUGGACAUAUCUAGUCAUCGGUACUCCCCCAACUCUGAGCUCAGGGUGGAUCUACCAGCUGAGGACCUGCUCAACAUUAAGAAAGGGUGGUUAAUGAAGCAAGGGGUUGACAAGGAAUGGAACAAACACUGGUUUGUGUUGCGAGGAUCUGCACUCAUGUACUAUCGAGAUCCGACGGCAGAAGAUAAAGGAAUCAUGGAUGGAGUUAUUGACCUCAGUGGGGUGAAAAGUGUCGUUGAAGUCCAGGUUGCCCGGAACUAUGGUUUUCAAGCUGUGACGUGGGAUGACAAACGACAUGUGCUGUCGGCUGUGACCUCUGGGAUCAGAGGCAACUGGAUGUUGGCUCUUCGACGGGCGGCAGGCCUGCAGAACCCAUCUCCGACCGACUCUUCCCUUACUGUCGGGGAGAAACUGGAGAGGGAAUUGGAUAAUAUAUCAAUGCAGUCUGUGUGCGUGGAGAGGGAGCCCUCGAUAGUUCCCAGCACCCCCGUCACCACCCCUCGCUCCAUCCUGUUCUCAUCUGACGAGGAGUACCGCACGGCCUCGGAGGGCGGUCGCCGGGAGAGCGAGGACUGGGGGGAGUCGCUCGCUCCUCUCCCCCCAUCGCCACCCCUCAAUCGGACACCCAUUUCCAGGGUGAAGGAGAAGGCCAGGUCUCGGUCUACCUCAAGGUCCAGAGUGUACAAGAGAUCAAGGUCAUCUCCGCCAUCUUCGAGGCGGUCCACCUUGGAUUCUGUGCGCACAGAGGACCUGAUACUGGGAUGCUGCGGCGAGCUGCCAGAGUCUGAUGCCGAAGGGAGUGUUGGGAUGGACUCGGUGCAGAGUUCUCUAUACACCGCUGUCGGGAGUCAGUCUUCAGAGGUGGAUGACCUUAAAACACAGCUCAGCAUGGCUCUGUGUGAGGUCAGCAAUGCUGAGGAAGAGUUGCUGCGGUUACGACAUCACAAGACUGAAAUCAUUGCACUUGAGAAGCAGGUUAAAGACUUGCUUACUACACUGGACAGGACAGAAGAGCAGCUGAAACAAAGAACCAAAGAAGCCAGUGAAGCUGAACUGCUCAGGAAAAGAUUCAACGAGCUGGCGAGGGAACACGAGGAGUUGCUGGCUGACUGGCGGAAGAAAGCGAUGGACAAGGACUGGAGAGCUCUGUACCAACAACUGGAGGAGAGGUAUCGAGAGGACAGCGAGAAGUGGAAGGACGAGCUGAAGGACCAGGAGUGUGCGUGCGAGGAGGCCAAGGACCGGUGCCGGGUCCUGUCGCUGGAGCUGGCGUCGAGCCAGGAAGCCAUCGAGCACCUGCGGGGCGAGGUGAUCGGCCUGGGCGAGCGGCUGGCCCGUGGCAUCGAGGAGAACGAGUCCCUGUACAGGCGGCUCCGCGAGCUGGAGGGUCGCGGCGGAGCAGGCGUGCUGUCCUCCUCCUCCAGGGAGAGGGGCCGCAGCGUCGACUCCCUCAGCGACCUCACCAACAUCGAUCUGGAUCUCGACCUCACGGAGAUGGACAAGGAGCGGAUCAUGGAAGAGUAUGAUGAUUUGAGGGGGAGAUUUGAGAAGGCGGUCCAGGAGAUUCGAGCGAUGAAACGAGAACUACGGGAGUCACAUGCUCUGUAUGAUGAAUUGGAGCUGUCGUGCAUCAAACUGCGGCAAGAUGCGAAGCUCCGCGAGGAUGACCACUCUGCUCAGUUCUCUCUCAUGGUGCGGAGGGUUGAUGACCUCACGUUGAAACUGAGUGCAGCAGAAAAGCAGGUGCGAAGUUUGAAACAGAAGUUGGCCAAAGCCGAUUCAAGAGACAAGCGUCGAUCCCUCUCGCUGAAGGGAAGGGAAUCAUUCCAAAUAUGUAAAGAACUGGAAGAGAAACUUGGAGAGUUGGAAAGCAAGAUAAGUGCAUUAGAGUCUGGUAAACCCAUCACAGCUGUCUCAAUUAGGACAAGCAAACACGCAAGGAGCGAGUCCCCACAAGGAAGUAAGAAAGACGACAGUGGAGACAAGCUGAAGGCAUCGUCUUCCCGCUUGAGGAGAAAAUCCCUGGAUAGUGCAACAAGCUCUGAGCCAAUGAAGGUUUUGAUACGUCUCACUUCACUGGAAGCGAAGGUCACGAAAGCUGCUGAGCAGAUGUCCAAGUGUAAGAGCGAAGAUGCAGGAGCCAAGGAAGUGGAAGUAAGCUUGGAUGACGGUCCGGAGCCGAUGGACUUUGAAGAUGGAAAUUCAGAUCUCAUGUUACGUUUACACAUUCUUGAGCAAGCUGUGUUGAAAUCAAAGGCAAAACUCACGGAAUGCGUCUGUCUUCUCCAAUCACUGAAAUCGGCUUCCCCAGCAAGGCACUCUCUUCUUAGUCAGACCCCACAACUUACAUUCUUGGAGAAUAAUCUCUUGGAAGUGAAACAGAUUCUACAGAAUUGUGAUAGUCGCUGUUCAUCGAGUGAAAUGAAUUCUCUUGUUGCAUCAGCAGAGGAAGAGGCAGUGAAGAGUUCUGUUCAGAGUGUUGUGAGCAGAUUUGAAGAGCUUCUUCGUGAAAAACUGAGUGAAUUGUUUAAGAAGAGAAUGAAUCUCAAGCAGUCAGGUCAGCUUGAUAAGACUGCCCGCACUAAACUGUUAGCUGAGAAAUUGGCAUACGAAUCUGUCUUAAUAUCAAGGAUAGCACAAGCAGUUGCAUGUAGUGGUGAGGGUAGUCAACAUUUCAAAAUUUCUUUGCUAGGUGCUGAAGUUCUAGAGUGUAACAGGCUGUUUUCUGUUCUUAAAUCAAAAUUGAAUGGCUCGACACCACCAGAAACUUGCGAGACUUCAGUCAACUACCUGACGAGAGUUCUGUCGCAUAAACUACUUCUUCAAGGUCAGUUGAAGCAUGACAGUCAUUCUUCUCCACCUGUUAAUAAGGCAGCGAACAGUUCAAAUUCUGAUGCACUGCGACUUAUGCUGGAUCAGCAGAGAGACUGUGAGGCAUGUAUAGAUAAAUAUAGAAAUGAGAAGCUAAAUCACCUUGCCAAAACGUUGGCCAUUGAAACUCUUAGUGUCACUGAUAAGCAUGAACCGGUGGAUGAAGUGCAAAACUGGAAGUCAGAGAAGAGACAAAGUCCAAAACCUUCUGCUUUAACUUUGGAGGACCAGAGAAUACGUGAAGCAUGGAUGAUGGCUCAAGAGGCAGUGAACCAGGAGUUGAUACAGGCAGAGAUAUCCCAUGUGACGAUGCGCUGUGGCCAAGCGUACGAGGCAGCACUGUCGUCGGAGCAGGAAACUCGCUUCACCUUGCUUGCGGCACAGCGUGUGGUGAUGGAACAGUGGUACGACACUGCCGAAGAGAUUCUCAGGCAAGAAAUGGAAGCAGGAAUCGAAGAGUUGAACGCCAGGUACGAAGAAUGCUUGUCUCGCUUGAAAAACGAAAAAGCGUUCAUACCAAAAAGUCAUCACGAAGAAGAAAGCAUGGAGUCGAGACACCUUCUGUUCGAGUUUGCUGACAUAAUGGCCCACAAAGCUUUGAUCGAUGCUCGCAUAGCCGUGAUCAGCAGAGAGGCCCAACAUGCUAAUUUGUCUAAUAGUAGAGCCAAAGAAAAUGUGAGGUCUGUUGUGCAAAGCGUCCUGGAGAACGAAAUGAUGUCUUCUAGGUUUUCGGACUAUGAAACGAGCAUCUGCAAUGUGGACUGUGAACUGGGAAGUGAGUUUGAAUUUUUGUUCCAGCAGUAUUUGGACCAGUGUUGCCUGCAAGUGGCAAGUGUAGGAUGUGAUAAGUUGAGGACAGAUCACGAGCAGGCGGGGCAGGUGAUGGGCUUGCUGUCCGAACUAGAGGAGGAGCUCAAUUUGCUGCAGGACGAUGCCAGGUCGGAGAAGAUGCCGUCGUGCCAUGGAGACUCCAAAGAGUUGACAUGGAGCGACGUGUGUGAUAAGUGUAAAACUUUGAGACAGAUUAUUGCUAACCUGUCAGCUCGCCUUAAGGACAUCAGGAUCUGCAAACGUUGCCAGCAGCUGCAGGAGAGCAUUAAAAGGCUGAGCUCCGACCACGAGGAGGAAGUGAGGAUGCUGCGACGCUGCCAGGAAGACGACAUGCUGCGGCUGCGUGGGGAGCUGGAGCAGCAGAGGCACUCCCUGGUCUCUCAACACGAACAGGAGCAAGCACAUUUGAAAGAGAGAGCACGUCUGCUGGAGCGACGCCUGGGUACGCUCGACAGCGAGUACUCGCAGCAGGUGGAGAACUUGCGCUCUGCCUACCAAAAAACUCUGACUGCUGGUCUGGAGAGGGACAUAGAGGGAGAAGAGAACAUUCGACAGCGAUACCAAGCAGAGAUCGAACAACUUAGGGCACUCUGUGAGAAAGGACUGGUUGCGAUGGAGAACUCGCACAGGCGCAUCAUAGCGGAGCUGGACGAGAAGCACAGACAAGAGCUGGAGCAGUUGAGGCUGGAGAAGGAACAAGCUCUGGCAGAGGAGACUCAGGCUACCCUCGCUGCCUUGGAUGCUAUGAGAAAAGCACAUGAGACUGAGGUACAGAGAGAAAUUGUCAAAUUCAAAAACGAAUUCAUUAAGAAAAUGCAGUCCACUCACGACAUAGGUGCACUUCAUAAAGAACAUGAAGCGGAAAUGGAGGAGAUAAAGAAGGAAAUACUGUCGCUGUCUGAGCGAUACUCCGUGAAGUGCGUGGAGUCUGCAGCGCUGGAGGAGCAACUGGCCGUGGUCACGAAGCAGCUGACUCAAGCCCAGCAGCAUGUACAGCAGUUGGAUGCGAGGAACAAGCAGCUGCGGGCCCACCUGGUGUCGGAGGUGAGCGAGCUGGAGACGGGAGACACGGCCCAGCUGCUGCGUCAGCGGGACCAGGAGCUGGUGAAGAAGCAAGAGGAACUGGGGCAGCUCCAGAGGGAGCUGAGCACAGCUCGGGCGCAUGGGGAGGAACUCAUUACACUUUGCUCUCAGUUGAGUAACGAGCACUCUAGCCAACGCGACAGGGCCGCAGUGUGGGCCCGCCUGCAGAAGCUGGCUGCCACUUGCCCGUCACUGAGGAAAGGACUCAAGGCCAUUGAGUCCAGUCGACCCAAAUCAGAUUGUGGUGUUGCGAAACAAGUCACAAGUUCCAGGUUUAAACAGCAAAAGGAACCGCCAACUCUCACCAGUGCAGAAUUGAUCCGGUCUCCAGAGCAAAACAUUUCCCGAAGCGAGCGAAUUUUUUUAUCGCUGGCCCCCCUCCGCUCCCCCUCUCCCUGUCCUCUCAGCGGGAUGGUGGCAGAGAGAAAAAAGAUGUUCGAACACUAGGUAGGUUCUCGGCAUCGGAGGAGGGGAGGGGUUGCGGCAAAGAAGUGACGGCUGCGGUGUGUUUCAGGAGAGUAGUGAUUGCUAGAACAAAAAUAGUCAGCAUGAAGAAGGAAACCAAAUGCUGAUGGAUGCUUACAGGCUGCAGUUGUGGUUGUCGUAAAUUUGCAUUGCAAUGUGAAGCCAAAGUACACAUAUAUAGUUGUAAUAUUAUGAAUAUGAUGCUUCUUUCAUUUAUCACUGAAAAAUUAUGCACAUUUUGCAGAUUGUUGUCUAAUAACUAAAUAUGUAAACAAAUGUGAAUCUUCCAUUACAUUCUUUUUCACAUUCUCAAUACCUAACCAAAGUAUUCUUAACUGAUGUUAUGUCUGUAGUUUCAAACUGUCACUCAUCACAAUACAAAUAAUUCUAGCAAACAAAAGGUCCUUGGGGCAUUAUUUAGCUUUCGUUUUUGACUAUUCAGUCAAGAUGACAGAGAUCCAAAAGGCAUACUCACAUUUCCCACCAGAGUAGUAAUAUAUGUCAUUAAAGACAUCACUCUUAGCUUUGGUUAAAUAUUUAUGUACAUAUGUAAGUAAAUUCAUCUUCAGCAUUUGCUAAAAGUAUAAUUAGCACCAUAAGCAGCUUAAUUAUUUCUUUCAAUUGAACUACACUGUUGUGUACAGUGUGUGCACUGAUGUUGGAAACAUAUGUAGAAUUAUUUUGGUAAUGUUGAUUUUAUAAAUAUGAUUUAUAAUGUUAAAAAGUGGAAAUAAUGUACAUUAUAUUGUAUUAAAAAGCAAUUAAUUCUUUAUGUAGUUUGUAAACUUAUUUUCACAUUAACAAGUUGUUUGACGAGUGCACUAAUCAAACAGCUUCCUUCUGCUAUGCUGAAAACAGUAUUGUUGUAUCUUUGAUGUGAAUGGUUUAGAACUGUUGUGUAACAAUUUCCCUAUAUAGAAGAUAAGACAUACUUGAUAUUAGUUACCUACCAUUCGUGGGAAUAUGCUUGUUUAAAAUUUAUAUUAAGAUAUUCUUUGUUCUGUAUUGUUUUGUUCGUAACUUACGAGAUUUCUUAUCCCAUAAUGAGGUUGCCUGUGGACCUGUUUUUUUAAAGCAGUAAUACAAUAUAAGUGUGAUAAUUGUAUUUUAGCCCCAUUAAAUUUUAUUUUAUUAUUUGAUACAUCACAAGCACUCCAGUCUAGAAAUGCUAGAAUGAUAUUAUCAUAAAGUACAAUUUUUGUUUUACAAAAACAAUAUUUUUAUUUAGUUUGAAAAAUGUAAUUAAAUUUUUAAUUAGGGUAAUGUAGAGAAAAAAAUUUUUGUUAGCCUGCAUUGUGUGCUUGAGAGUGAAGUUUGUUGUUUUAAGAGUAUUUUUGUGUACUUUAUUGUUGCAAAUAAAAUAUUUGUACCAUUUACAAAAUGAAUGUUCCAAUAAAAUGCCUGUUUUAACAUAA